AUGGCGGAUCGCUUCAAGCUCGUGUACACUGUUCCAGCCUCUCAUUUGGCGGCGACCAAGGAUGCCGUCUUCAAGACAGGCGCCGGCGUCUAUGACGAGGGCAAAUACGUUCAGGUCGCGUUCGAGCUCACCGGCUCCGGCCAGUUCAUGCCUGUCGCGGCCGCCGGAGCGGAUCCUCACACUGGCGCCGUCGACCAGCUUGAGAAGGUCCUUGAGUACCGAGUCGAGAUUUUGUGUGUUGGGCGAGACGUCACCAAGGCUGCGGUAGACGCCUUGAAAAGCGCUCAUCCAUAUGAGGUUCCGGCGUACGAGGUGUACAAGUUGGAAGACUUCUAA